GUAGGAAAUAGAAAUACUCAUACUCAUCCCGAGUUGCUAACCGAGUCAAAACCGAUUCCUGUUUGUUUUCCUUUUGAGCUGUGUUGUCAAUGUCAUCUAUCACCAAUUAAUGGUCCAUGCCCACAACCUUCAACCCUUAGAUCUCAUCUUCCCCAUUCAAUUCCCACCGUCCGAUCACUUUUCCUCUUUCUUUUUCCUUCUCUCUCUUUUCUUUCUCUCUCUCUCUCUGGUGUUCAGUUGCAGCAGAACUUCGAUUUUCGACGGAAAAUUCAACAAUCAACGAACCCUAAUCAGCACAGACCACAAUCUCUAGAGAGAGAGCUUUCUCUGCAAGCAAUCAAUGGCGUUGUUUCUUUCUUUCUCAGCAGAUUUGAAUGAGUUUGGAGCAAGAAACAGUUGCCAGUUGAAGUAAUCUCUGGCAGUUUAAUAGUGGGUGGAGGUUCAUACUUCAAACUUCAUUGUGUGGCUGGCAGGGGAGAGUUUAAAUUUGAACUACAGAUAAACCCAGAUUACUCAUUUUUGGAGCUCUUUCCUCUUUACUGGGACCAUAGAAAAUUGAUUUGAAGUGUUUGAACCGCGAAGGUAUGAGCGAAGCCUGUGCGAUUUCUGGUUUUUAACUAACUUGAGAUUGACCUGCCAAAUGGUACUAGCCUAAGAGAGAGGUAGGAGGUCGAUCAAUGGAGGACUUAACUAAAUAUGCACACAGUCCUGCUCACUUGGCAGUUGCCAGGCGUGACCAUGCUGUCCUGCGCCGCAUUGUUUCCGGGCUUCCGCGGCUGGCUAAGGCUGGUGAGGUAAACACGGAAGCUGAGUCUCUUGCUGCUGAAGUUAGAGCGGAUGAGGUAUCUGCUGUUAUUGAUCGCCGUGAUGUUCCUGGUAGGGAGACCCCUCUUCACCUUGCAGUGAGGCUCAGGGAUCCUGUCUCUGCUGAGGUUUUAAUGGCUGCUGGUGCGGAUUGGAGUUUGCAGAAUGAGAACGGGUGGAGUGCUCUCCAAGAAGCUGUGUGUACUAGAGAGGAAGCUAUUGCGAUGAUUAUUGCACGGCACUAUCAACCUCUGGCUUGGGCUAAAUGGUGUCGUAGGCUUCCCCGCAUUGUUGCUUCAGCAUCUCGUAUUCGUGAUUUUUAUAUGGAGAUAACUUUUCAUUUUGAGAGCUCUGUAAUUCCUUUUAUUGGGCGGAUAGCUCCUUCAGAUACUUACCGAAUAUGGAAGCGAGGUUCUAAUCUCCGUGCUGACAUGACCCUUGCUGGUUUUGAUGGCUUACGGAUCCAAAGAUCGGACCAAACCUUUUUGUUCCUUGGAGAGGGCUAUACUUCAGAGGACAGUAAUUUAACACUGGCACCUGGUUCUUUGAUUGCUCUUUCUCAUAAAGAGAAGGAAAUCACAAAUGCUUUGGAAGGAGCCGGUACACAACCAACAGAAGCUGAAGUUGCUCAUGAAGUUUCUUUGAUGUCUCAGACAAACAUGUACAGACCAGGUAUUGAUGUUACUCAAGCGGAGCUGAUUCCCCAUUUAAAUUGGAGGCGCCAGGAGAAGACUGAGAUAGUUGGGAAUUGGAAGGCAAAAGUUUAUGACAUGCUUAAUGUAAUGGUGAGUGUUAAGUCAAGGCGGGUUCCAGGUGCUAUGACAGAUGAAGAGCUUUUUGCUGUGGAGGAUGGAGAAAGUAUGGUAAAUGGGGAACACAAUGAUGAGUAUGAUGAUGUACUGACUGCUGAGGAAAGACUGCAGUUAGAUUCUGCACUGCGUACGGGGAAUUCUGAUGGUACAUGUGAAGAUGACGAACAUGGUGCCCAUGAUGGUCAAGAAAAUGUCUCAUCAACUUCUAAUGAAAAUUCGGAAGCCAAUGGUGCGGUUAAAGAGAAGAAGAGCUGGUUUGGUUGGAACAAGAAAAGUUUGAAGAGCGGUAGUGAUGACCCUGAGGAUUCCAAAUCUUUGAAGAAAGUUUCAAAGUUUGGCCCAGAAAGUAGCAACCAGAGAUCAGGUGAUCAGCAAAAGUUAGCAUCUGAGUUUCUGAAGGAGGAUAGUGGAGACUCUAAAAAGGGAAAAGAUAAAAACAGUAAAAAGAAGAAGAAAGGAGCGGUCAGUGAGCCUAAGAAUGAGAGCGAGUAUAAAAAGGGCUUAAGACCUGUCUUGUGGUUGACGCAUGACUUCCCUUUGGAAACCAAUGAGCUUCUGCCGCUACUUGACAUCUUAGCAAAUAAGGUUAAGGCUAUUAGAAGACUCAGGGAGCUUUUGACAACUAAGCUUCCUUAUGGAACUUUUCCUGUCAAGGUUGCUAUCCCAAUAGUCCCUACUAUCCGGGUGAUUGUCACUUUUACGAAAUUUGAGGAGCUUCAGCCAGCAGAGGAGUUUUCAACUCCACUUUCCAGCCCUGCCCAUUUCCAGGAUGCCAAAUCCAAGGAAUCAGAGGGAUCUACAUCAUGGAUUUCAUGGAUGAAAGGAAAUCGAGGGGGGCAGUCCAGUGACUCUGAUAGUCACAGAUAUAAGGAUGAAGUUGAUCCGUUCAACAUACCUGCAGACUACAAAUGGGUGGACGCCAAUGAGAAGAAACGGCGAAUGAAGGCAAAGAAAGCUAGAAGUAAGAAACUUAAGAAGCAGACAGCAGCUAAAAGUGGAGAUGGAGUACAUCAAGUGACAGAGGAGGUUGAAGAACAAUAGUAAUAUCAUGAUUUGGUAUCUCUGGGUAAAAUUGCAGCUUUGGCAAUUGUUACCAGAGAGAGAGAGUCUUUCUUGUUGCACAGCCACAGCUGACUAUACAUUUCAACAUUGGAGGGUUUCUCUAAAAAUCUACUAGAAAUUUCUUGGGCAACCAAUUGUGUUAGUCAUGAAAAAAGUUGCCUUUAUUUUUCUCCCCUGUUCCUCCAAGGAAGCUUAAAUUGUUGUAUUGUCAUGUGAAGUGAAUUUGAAGAGGCAAGAGUCUAUUGCUCCUUCAAUUGCUAGGCUUCAUUCUAAUUUUCAUUGGAUGCCAAUAUCUGUAUCUACACCUGUGUCGAUGACCAUCGAUUUUACAUUUUCAUGAGUGAUAUUCUCUGUAGUCUUAACUUUUCUUUCAUCAAGAUUUUGUAUGCUCUUUUCAAAGGACUUAAUUGCCUUAGUAAAGUUUGUCCAAACAUCGUAUCUGCUUAUUGAAUUACCGUAUAUUACCAGA